GGUAGUCUACGUUAGACCUAUUACCUCCCGAGUGACCAUUGUCAAUUAAAGACAAAAACUCCCACGGUUUAUAAAGGACGUGCCACACGCGUGCGGCGCAGAGCGCAUCUCCGCGCUCGACACAUCACCUGUGCGUGUGCUAGUGCUAAGGUGCAAUUUAUUGUGUACAAUAUGGAUUUUGUACGACUUACCUUUAUGUGCGGGGUCCUGGCCAGUGCUCUUGCAGCGCCUGCGAGCGUAGCCCAGGUGCAGGACACGGCUGUGCCAGCAUCUGAAGCUGGAGUCGAUGACAGGACCGCGACAGACUUGAAGACUGCGGCCAGCAGUACUUACCUCGGCUACUCGGGAGGUUACGGCGGUUAUGGCAGUUCCGGUUCCGGAAUAACUGGGUACGGACUGCUCGACAACUACAACCAGGGCCUCGGCGGCGGCUACAGCAACUCGCUCGGGUACAACGGCUACAAAGGUUACCAGGGCUACGGUGGCUACCCAGGAGCAGGCCCCGGCGGUUACAACAGCGGCUAUGGUGGCUACGACAGCGGCCUCGGAGGUUACAGUGGUUACAGUGGCUACAACGGCUACGGUGGUUAUGGCGGCUAUGGCGGAAACGGCGGACUAAACUCCUAUACCGGUUACAACAACCCAUACUACCAAGGAGCGUACCAUUUAGGUUAUGGAUACUACAACAGGAAACCUGGCUACGGGAAUAUCUACAGUAAUGGAGUUACACCUAGCCUCGUUACCGGCUACAGGGGCUACACUAGAUAAUCACCCUUAGCAAUCGUAAAAUCACCAAAGUAUUAUUAUCCAAAGCUAUUGUAAAUGUACUUAUUUAAUUUGUAAUAAUAAUAAAUCUAUUAGAUGAAUAAAAAUUAUUCUAUUUUUGAAA